AGCGGCGGCGGCGGCGGUAGCGGCAGGACCGCCGUGGCGCCGGUAGCAGCGACCCGGAGGGAGCGCGAGGCGACGCUGGCUGCGGGGACCCGGUGACAGCGCGAGAGGUACUAGAUUUUACAAGUUUGCACCAUGCGUGAGUAUAAGCUAGUCGUUCUUGGCUCCGGAGGAGUUGGAAAAUCUGCUCUGACUGUACAAUUUGUUCAAGGAAUUUUUGUUGAAAAAUAUGAUCCUACGAUAGAAGAUUCUUAUAGAAAGCAAGUUGAAGUAGAUGCACAACAGUGUAUGCUUGAAAUCUUGGAUACUGCAGGAACAGAACAAUUUACAGCAAUGAGGGAUUUGUACAUGAAAAACGGACAAGGCUUUGCCUUAGUUUAUUCCAUCACAGCACAGUCCACAUUUAAUGAUUUACAAGAUCUGAGAGAACAGAUUCUUCGAGUUAAAGACACUGAUGAUGUUCCAAUGAUUCUGGUUGGUAAUAAGUGUGACUUGGAAGAUGAAAGAGUUGUAGGAAAGGAACAAGGUCAAAAUUUAGCAAGACAAUGGAACAACUGUGCAUUCUUAGAAUCCUCUGCAAAAUCAAAAAUAAAUGUUAAUGAGAUCUUUUAUGACCUAGUGCGGCAAAUUAACAGAAAAACUCCAGUGCCUGGGAAGGCCCGCAAAAAGUCGUCAUGUCAGCUGCUUUAAUAUACUAAAUGCAUUGUAGCUCUGAGCCAGGUCUGAAGAACUGUUGCCCAAUUCAACAGUGCCAGCAUUCCAACUUUGUUAAACCUACCAACAUCUUAAACGGACUUUCUGUGGUGGUACCCUUUAAGAGGCGGAUGAAAGCUACUACAUCAGUUUGCACAUUCUAAUCAUUUUCCAGUAUCACAAGAGAGAUUUUUACUUAUAUAAUAGUCCUAGAGUAUGCAGCUGGUAAAACCAGAGGCUACAAUCCAGUAUUACUGCUAAGAGACAUUUUUCAUCCACCAAUGUUGUACAUGUAUGAAAAUGGUGUACUGUAUACUUUAACACACCCCAUACUUUGUAUUGGAGAGUACAAUAAUGUAAAUCCUAAAAGCACCACUAUUUUAGCAUAAUAAAAGAAAGUCCAAAGAGCUCCUAUAUAGACUACUCCAGAUAACUUCGCUUCUUUGAUACUUGUAGCUUAUUGUAAUUUUUUUUAAGAAAUUCAAGGUCAUUAUCAUUGUAUUGUACAAAUAAGCGCUUUGAUUAACACAGCUAUAUAGUUUUUUUAAUUUUUAAAAACCUGUGGAGACAGUGAUCUUGUCUUUAAAAUAUGAUAGUCCUUUCAGUAUAAUGUCUUAGAUUAAAGACGUUGCCUUUAAUAUCUGUUGGGAAGGAAAUGUCC